CUCCAUUUGACAAGCUUCUUUUCAGCUUGUCAUACACGCAUGUUCGAGGUACCAAGCAAACAAAAACCCCGAUCCAAAAAGUGCAUAAAUAGCUUAAUUUCUUUUUUUUAUCCGUUUUCUUUUUAAUGUCAUUACUUCCAAACGAAAUCAUUCAUUUGAUUGCUUCGUUUUCAAACGAUAAGGCUGCAUUCAAAAACUACUUAAAUGUCUGUCGUCGUUGGCACAGCAUCCUCAGUCCUGUUUUUUAUCAUCAUAUCACACUCACGACAAGGUCUCAGUUUAAAAAGCUUACUUCUGUUCUUGAACAAAAUCCAACUCUGCAACAGCAUGUCAGACAUCUUUAUCUAGAGGACAGCAUUCAUUUAUCUAAACAGGAAGUGGAUAUGUUACCCAUCAUCAUGCCACUUUUAAACACCCUGUAUUUCAACCCUAAGAUAUGGAAAUACACUAAGUUACACAAUACUUGGGAACAAAUCAAAGUGCUACCUCCUCUUUCAAACUACCCAGAGACGUUUGACUUUAUAGAGUGCUAUGGUCACACAUUGGAGGAACUAACUCUAUUAGGAGGGUUCAUUAGCCCACAAUUCCAUUUGGCGUUAUCUGGGCAGACGGACAAGACACUUUUAGACCUGGUCCAAUAUACGCCUCAUAUACGCCGUUUGUGUGUCUAUAGCCAGUCGCAUUAUUCGAAAAUAACACUCUCGAUACAUGACCUUGUUCGUCUACAUGCAGGGUUACCACGCCUUGUCAAAUUAGAAUUCUUGGAUAUCGCUCUUUCAAGUUCAGUGUUGUCCCAAGGUCCACUCUGUCCCGCCCUAACAAUGGAAACCAUUCGAUGGAAGGGGUCUGUGUACUCUUCAGCAUGGCCUCUUUAUCUCGCUCAACUCUACCCUUACGUUAAACAUUUAGACCUUGAUUUGCGAUGGGACGCUCAGUACAAACAGCACAUGGCAUGGGAAGAUUUGAUGCAAAUACAAGACGGUCUCUAUCAAAUCGCUACACAAUGUCGAUAUUUAGAAAAAGUACACUUAGGUGACCUGGAGUCACUGACUAAGUCAAGGAUGGGCUUCUUUGAACAUUUGCAAAACACAGCACGAAGACUUACAGCGCUCUACCAUACUCAUAUGCACGAAGCAAACGGUAAGCCUCCUUUUCAGGCAUUUAAGACCAUGUUGGCCUGUACACAUCCACAAAAGACACGAUCAUUGCAGUUUCAAUUAUGGAGAAGUUUACCCGGUAUUCAGCAUAUUGUCCAGCCUAUCGGAACUUAUUGCACUAGGCUGACUGAACUUGAGCUGAAUGGCGGGCCAUUCGCUUAUGCCUGGCACUGUGGGUGUGAUAUAAACGUCAUUUUGAACCAUUGCCAACAACUAAAGAAACUGACACUUAAAUCAUGUCGCUUGACAUGUGAUACAGAGACAGCCGUGACGCAUGACAGUCUUGUUGAAUUCAUUCAGCUCUAUCAAGUGCAUUUUACUACGCUGUCCUUGUCGGUCUUGGGUCAACAGUGUCCUCGUCUAGACCAUUUAGAGAUGAUCAACUGUGUCAAGAACCGAGACGAUUUUGGACACAAGGUUCAUUUGUGUUUGCCUCGUCAACGUCUACAGCGACUCAUUGUCAAACACUUGUUUCUGAGACCGAGCCCUUAUGUUGAAAAGAGUGGCAUUGAUACUGCUAUACUAGCCAUCAACUUGACAGAUCGAAGUGAGCACAAUCUAAAGCGCCACUCUCACAAAUUAUGUACACGGUGGUACCAUCUCAACAGUCACCAAACGAAAAGUGAACAUACACGUCAAUUAAAAAAGCUUAGCUAUUUAGAGUCUGAACAAGUGAAGGACUAUACAAUGAAAGAAAAAGACUGGGAUUUACUUGAAGAAAACUCAAUUCGAGGCACUUAUCGGAAGUCAGAGUAUUGGGAAAGUGAUAUUCCCUUUGGAUAUUUUCAAGUAGACUGUAAACAUAUUUCUUUAUUUGUAUUCAAUAAAGUCAGAGUUUAGAGUGGAUGACUCGUCUGAAAACGAAGAGAGUAUGUCCUAC